AUGCCAGCUAAAUCGGUUCCGGAUGGCCCCGUUUGCCCCCACCCGAAGUCAGUGGUGGAAGCUUGGUUGAAGCACCCGGUUUUGGCUGAGCGAUGCCGCAAUGUAGAGCGGCUUGUUCAGAGUGAGGAUUGCAAGGAGCUGAAGGACAAGAACGGAACGUUCAUGAAGAAACCCAUCGUUCCAUCCAGAAAGAACAUGAUCAACAACUCAAUCGUCCUGGAGGUGCUUGCCAAGGACAUGUCGGCCAGAAUGCGUGUUGGCGCUGACCCCAUCGACGUGCUUUGCGUCAUGACUUUGGGCUACUACGAGUCCAACAAGUACUUUGGCAAGGUGGCCAACUCUCUCAAUCUGAAGGCAGUGGCUUACUCAGAUGCAUGGACCAUUCACAAGAUGGUGAGUCAGUUCCGCAGUCCAGAACCAGAGCUCCAGGAGACCUUCAAGUAUCUCAAAGCUUCUUAUGAGUGGCGAGUCAAGGUCCACUUGCAGACUCUCAUGGUGGAAUCUGACACCCCCAGUGACACCACUUCGAGCCUUGGGUCUGGUGAUCUUGGCGGUUCCGGCACUUUCAGCUUUCCUGACGAGUGUGCCGCGGAAUCGUUGGCAAGGGCUGCUUCUUCCAACAAUCUUCUGGCCCAGUGGGAUGCGAUUGAAAUUUUGGACAGCCCGGUGAAGCCCACGACUGUUCCUGGUUAUGGCCAUUUGUUUGGCCCCACCCCCCAGGAGAGGUAUGAGAAGUUGAUGCAUGCUCUUAACACCGUGGAAGCUAAGUAUCCGAGCCAAGAGGCAACCGCCCCGGGAUCUGACGAUGCGGCCGUGCUGGGGGAAGCAGAGCCAAGCCCAGGACCUGAACUCCUUGGUGCGGAGAUGGUGGAGGCCACAGAAAUUGACACCUUGACCUUGGAAUCCCAGCCGGAUCUUCAGCCCGAUCCAUUUGAGGGUGCCAAGCUGGUGACUAUGGAUGCCAUGGACACUCUUGUCGUCGCCAACGACACCCUUGCUGGUGUUGAAUGUGCUCUCGGCCUUCCGGAACCUGUGCCCAUGGACCAUCCAGCCAAUGUCCCAGCAUUGCACAGGACGAGCAGGGCAAUGACCAAGGAUGAUGCGCCGAUCCACUGUGAGCCAGGGGUGGAUCCUGAGGCUUCAGGGCGUGCGAGUGCUGAAGUUGGUGAAGUCGAAGUUGGUGCUGUUGCUCCCGGUUUCCCUGUUCAAGCAGAAACUGCACCGGUUCCAGAACCAGCCGGCGAGUCCGCCGUGUCUCCAGUGAAGGACCCAGUUACCAAGAAUGACCAGCUUCGGAGGAUCGGAGAUGUGAAGGAGGCAAAGGCGAAGGCCAAAGCGAAGGCCAAAGCGCAGGGCAAGAGCAAGGCAAAAGCCAGAGCCAAGGCCAAAGCGGCGCCCAAAGCCAAGGCACGCGCCAAGGCUAAGGCGAAAGCCAAAGCCAAGGCAGGUGCCAAGGCUGGUGCCCGGCCACCAAGGGGAUAUGGUCGUCGAGGUGAACCUUUGCUGACCAUCGAUGAUGUGUUGGAGGAACAUCCAGGUGUGGAGCCUGCUGACGCCCCAAUCAUGCCACCGUCGCCAUCCCAUGGACGGCGUCCUGCCAUGAAGCGGCCUGCUGCCGCAUCCGCCAAGGACAAAGAGAAGAAGAAGCCUCGUGUUGAGACCACUGACGGCCUUUCCGAGCAUGUCAAGGAGAUGCUGGAGCAGGACCGCGUUCCCCACACCUUUGGUGGCCGUGGCUGUCCUGCAAAGGGCUGGGGGCUUGAGAAAUACUGUCUUGUCGCAGAUGCCUUUGAAAGCCAUGUGGCCCCAUCCCUGCCGAUGUUCUUUUGCGAGCUGGUGGCCGCUGAGAAGCUGAAGGUUGAAAACUUCGACCCGAUGGAUUUCUCUUUCAUCGACAAUGCAGUGGGCAAGAAGCUAGAUGAGAUGGGCGAAGCUCCUCCUGGUCGCCGCCGGCAAGAUCGCCAGGUGGAUGAGGAAGACGGGGCUGACAUGCCUGAAGGCUAUACUACCUUACUUGCUGCCACCGCUGUGCUCCUGGCAGGCGGAGCCAUGAGAGCGUUGCGGGGCCUCAAGAGGGAGGUACUGGCCUUUGCAGCACUCUUGCUGCUAUGGAACACGUCGGUGGAUUGGACAGGGGAGGAUUAUCUGUUCGUUGAAAGUUUUGCCGGAACUGCGGAAGCAACACGUCAAGUGCAGUCUUCCUUCCCAUCUCGUACAACCGUGGCUCUAGACAUCAAGUUCACCCCUACAAUGGACUUAGGUAGAAGCCUCGCUAAUCCUGAAGGUGCAGAAGGUGUACAAAGCGUGGAAGUUGCCAAUUUCUUGGCUUGCAGGCCUUGCCGAUCUUACCGAGACGCUGAAGGCAGGGUGCGCUACCAUGGCACCUCCGAGCUCAAGCAAACGGAGUUCCGGGUCUGGAAUACCAAUUUCAACAGGGAUGCGGGUUCCAACUCACUCUCCCUGGGCGUGUGGCGAAGGGACGUGGAAAAGGACCUGAAGCGCCUUGCUGAGAAAGCGAAGGCCGAGAUUGCCGAAGCGGAGACCUUACCAGCUCAGGACGAUGCGCUUCCUAAAGUGGAACCCGGGGUCAAAGUCGAACAGGCUGCUACUUGGCCCUAUGUCUUGGCCACUGGUGAUUCAGGGCAGGGGCUGCCUGGCCUCUGUGACCCACUAGAGGAUGAAGAUUGGCAAGAUUUGUUCCAGCACUACUUCGUGACCAAUAGCCCGCCGCCAGAUCCCGUGUCCACAGAUGCCUACCAGGAAAUGUUUUCCCCGGAACCCAGGGACACAUAUGCCUCUCCUUUGGGCAAACUGGAUGAAAGCACAGAAGAUAGCGGUGCCUUGACGACCACCCCAGGCAGCAGUGCGGGUGGCCUUUCCGAUGGAUCGGGCAGCAAGAGUGUGCCUAAGCAGAACCCCAACUACUUGUAUAUCUCGGAUGAGGCUACCUCUGGCGCAGCCAAACGCAAUCAUGAGCUCAUUGCCUCUUUGGGACUCAUCGAUGAAAAUGACUUGGAGUUCUGGAGGGGAAAAUUUAGGAGGACAUGUGAGCCCAAGCGGGCAUCUGGCAACUUGGAAAUCCCUGAUGACAUUUUCCAGCAGUAUCAAUCCAAAGGGGCCUCUAGGGACAAGCUCUUCGAGCUGUUUGUGGAAAGUGGUGGGGACAAAGAUUCCUUCAUCCAAGAAGUGCGGGUGGAACGAUCCAGUGAGCAAGUCAACGAGUUGAACCGCGAGGGAGGUUUCUAUACUGAGAAGGAAAUGAAGGAUAUUCUGAAAUUUCCCGAGAGCAAGAUUCGAAGUGCUGUUGAGCGUGGGGAACGGGAUCCAACUUACAUGGAGCUGGAUGAGCUUGACGAAAACAUCGUCUACUACUGGUGCAAUGUGCGAACUCGCGGCAACUUGAAGAACCGUCAUGCCCAAGGUCUGCAUGUUUCCACGACCGCCCAGGGCAACACAGACCGAUUCAAGAGCCAGCUCAUGAGCAACAAGUUCGAUCUAGCGUCCAUGGGCCAUCAUGGGCCUGCUAAGAAGGAGCAGAAAGCCGUGAAGACGCACGAGCUUGACUCGCACAUGGAAGAGGUUCUGAAUGUCCUGAACAAGAUGGCGCCGUUUCUGGAUAAACUCCAUGCCAGCACGGCAAAGGGGGCACCUGAGCCGCUCAUCCUGGCACCAAUCUUUUCAAAAGUUGUUUGA